UUAGCGCUAAUUAGCGAGGGGGCGCCGCGGGCAGCGGAGGGAGGGGCGGGGAUUCGGUCCGGGGCUCGGGCCGGUGGGAGGAGGAAGGGGGGGGGCGGCGGACGCUCUCCGCUCCAGGAGGGGCGGCUGCUGACUUCCUCCGCCCGCCCCGCUCCGCUCAGCCCGCUGCCCCCUGCCGCUGCCCCCGGCCGCCAUGGCGGUGGGCGGCUGAAGGACCCAGCGCCCCCCCCUGGACGAGAAGUGGGUGUGCCACGAGACGGCUCAACAGGUCCCGACACAUUGCGAGGAGCCGCGCCGCGCGGACGGCGAUUCGCCGCACGUAACGCUGCUGCUCGCGGCUCUUCGGACCGUCCGACGGUCCGCGCGUGUCGGUCCGUCCGCGUCCGCAGCGCCGGGUGUGUCCGCUGCUGCCGGGGGACGCGCUCGGAUGGAGCGGAUCGGGCGCCUUCCCCUCGUGUGAGCGCGGCGGAGCCGAAGCGACCGCGGCUGUGCGUGUAUCCACGCUCCGAUAGCGCAGUUAUUGUCGUUCCCUACGGAAUCGUCGGGCUGUGUUUUCACGAUCCCCGAAUUUCGGGCGCCGCGUUUGGGUGCUGGGGCGGCUGUCAGCGUCGCGCGCGAGUUGGAAAACGAGGGCGAGAGAUUCUCCGUUUGGCCGCGUUGAGGUUAUGUGAGACGAUCCCAAUUCCGGCCCUGAGCUGAGCUCGUUCCUCGGCCGGGCCACCUCAACGCUGUGCGCUCCGCUGGCUGCGGGCCUCGCUUUGGCACGCGGGGCCGGGAGCUGCGCCGUGCGCUGCGGGGCCGUGGUGAGAGCGGAGCGGUUCGGAGCGCGGAGAGGCGGCGUGGGAAGUUCGGAUGAGAAUUUGCAGUUUUUCUCCAAAUAUUUACGCUCUGCGCUGGAAGUAAAUGGGCUGAUGUUAAAAUCAUGGAUUCCAAAGAAUUGCUUAAGUCGUCAGAUCAAGACGAAAGCAGGAAAAAUGCGCUCAUGAGUACCAAAGGAGGGAUCAUGAUGGACUUCCAUCCGCCUUUCAGGGGUGGAGCCUCUGCUCAAGCCCCUGUAUCUGCAGCUCCUCUCCCCGUGUCUUCUCAGUCAGACUCCGCUCAGCAACCCGCUCUGGCUGACUUCUCUAAAGGAUUGGUAAACAAUGUGCCUCCACCGGACCUGUCCAAGGCAGUGUCGCUCUCCAUGGGACUGUAUAUGGGUGAAACAGAUGCGAAAGUGAUGGGAAACGACCUUGGAUUUUCACAGCAGGGCCAAACUGGCAUCUCUUCUGGAGAAACGGACUUCAGGCUCCUGGAGGAAAGCAUUGCAAGCUUGAACAAGUCCUCGAGCCUGGCAGAGGACGCGAAGGGAGCAGUGUCAUCCGAGGCCCCGCUGGAGCCGGACUUUGCAGGCAUGGCUGGUCGCGGGCCCCUGGAGCCAGGGGCUUCGGUCCAAAGCCAGCUCGGCUCCAAUGGCGGCAGCCUGAAGCUGUUCUCUGAAGACCAAAGCACCCUGGAUAUCCUCCAGGAUUUAGAAUUGCCAUCGGUAUCGCCUGGCAAAGAGCCGAAUGGGAGUCCGUGGCGACUGGACCCGUUGCUUGAUGAUGGAGGUUUGCUGUCCCCCAUCUCUGCUGACGACACGUUCCUCCUGGAGGGAAACCUGGGGGAAGACUGCAAGCCCCCCAUUUUGUCUGACACUAAACCUAAAAUUAAUGAUCGUGGUGACCUUUUACCCAGUUCCAAAAUGCCAAUGCCUCAAGUGAAAACGGAAAAGGAAGACUUCAUUGAACUCUGUACUCCUGGCAUAAAGCAAGAAAACAUGGGCCCAAUUUACUGUCAGGCAAACUUCUCCGGGUCUAAUCUGCUGGGUACUAAAGUCUCUGCCAUUUCUAUCCAUGGUGUCAGCACCUCUGGGGGACAGAUGUAUCACUAUGAUUUAAAUACUGCGUCGCUCUCUCAGCAGCAGGAUCAGAAACCAAUUUUUAAUAUCAUUCCAUCUCUUCCUGCCGGUUCAGAAAAUUGGAAUAGGUGCCAGGGAUCAGGGGACGAGGCUUUAGCUCCCUUGGGAACGCUCAACCUUUCUGGCAGACCUGCUUUCUCUAAUGGCUAUUCAAGCCCUGGACUGAGAUCAGAUGUAAGCUCUUCUCCAUCCACAACCUCAGCGACUGCGGGACCACCUCCCAAGCUCUGCCUUGUGUGCUCUGACGAGGCCUCUGGGUGUCAUUAUGGUGUUCUUACUUGUGGCAGCUGCAAAGUGUUCUUCAAAAGAGCCGUGGAAGGGCAGCACAACUAUCUCUGCGCUGGAAGGAACGAUUGCAUUAUCGACAAGAUUCGGCGGAAGAACUGCCCGGCGUGUCGCUAUCGGAAAUGCCUCCAGGCGGGCAUGAACCUCGAAGCUCGCAAAACGAAGAAGAAGAUCAAAGGCAUUCAGCAGGCUGCCGCCACAGGCACGAGGGAUGGAGCCGAAACUGCUGGAAAUAAGAGCGUGGUCCCUGCUUCACUGCCGCAGCUCACACCCACCCUGGUGUCACUGCUGGAGGUGAUCGAGCCAGAGGUGCUGUACUCAGGCUAUGACAGCACACUGCCCGACUCCAGCUGGCGCAUCCUGUCCACUCUCAACAUGCUGGGAGGACGGCAAGUGGUAGCUGCGGUCAAGUGGGCAAAGGCAAUACCAGGUUUCAGAAACUUACACCUGGAUGACCAAAUGACCCUUCUGCAGUACUCCUGGAUGUUCCUAAUGGCUUUUGCUUUAGGAUGGAGAUCAUACAAACAAUCAAAUGGAAACCUCCUGUGCUUUGCACCAGAUCUGAUUAUUAACGAGCAGAGAAUGAAUCUACCCUGUAUGUAUGAACAAUGCAAACAUAUGCUGAUGGUUGCCCGCGAGCUGUCACGACUUCAAGUCUCAUAUGAAGAGUAUCUCUGCAUGAAAACAUUGCUUCUCCUCUCUACAAUUCCUAAGGAAGGCCUGAAGAGCCAGACUUUGUUUGAAGAAAUUCGCAUGACAUACAUAAAGGAGCUGGGAAAGGCCAUAGUGAAAAGAGAAGGGAACUCGAGCCAGAACUGGCAGCGGUUCUAUCAGCUGACGAAGCUGUUGGACUCUAUGCACGAUGUGGUUGAAAAUCUUCUGAGCUUUUGCUUCCAGACGUUUUUGGAUAAAUCCAUGAGUAUUGAGUUCCCAGAAAUGUUGGCAGAGAUCAUCAGCAACCAGAUACCAAAAUACUCAAAUGGAAAUAUAAAGAAGCUCUUAUUUCAUCAGAAGUGACUGCCUUAAUACAAAAGGGUUGCCUUAAGAAAACGUCAAACGAUAGCUUUUUUCUUUAUUUUUUUUCCUUUUUUUUUUUUUCUUUAUUUUUUUGUAAAGACAGAACCUACCAGACUUGUUCAUUUUGUCCUUGCAGCGGUGUUUCUUUUGUAAUUACGCACUACAUGUGGUUUACAGAGGGCCAAGAUUUAGGCUAUAGAAGCAGCGGAUUCCUCACAUUUGAUACAUAACUGGGGAGAGGGGAAAGGAGGACAAACCUUGCUUACCAGAAAUCCCACUUUCUCCCCAUGCGCAACAUCGAUGGGUGCAUCACAACCACCGGUGCCGAGAUGUGCGGCUGUGACGGACGUUCUGCUCAUUCAUUUCUGCAGUCGGCUGGAGGCAGUUUUUGGGUUUUUUUAGUAACGCAUUUUGGGUUUUCUUUUUUCUUUUUUUCUUUUUUUUCUUUUUUUUCUUUUUUUUAAAGUUAAAGUAGCGUUUUGGUUUCUGCAUGUAACCUGAAGAAAGUUUACAAGUGUAUAUCAGAAAAGGGAAGUUGUGCCUUUUAUAGCUAUUACUGUCUGGUUUUAGCAAUUUCCUUUCACUUUAUAUACCGUGAACGAGGCUUGUUCAUUUUUUCUUACAUAAUUUUUUUGUAAUACUUCAAGAUGCCUAUUGUACAGCUGGGUUUUUAAGGCGGGGCAGCUCGUAGCUUUCCUAAAUGACCUCUAGACGUUAAUCCUUGAGUAUAUCCGUGUGAAAACGGGUUGGGUUUUCUAACCUGAUAGCUUUCAACUGUCGAGGUGACCGUAAAAUUUGGCAUUUUUUAAGGGCCAGGGUUGGGUGGGAGAAACGCUCUCAAAUCUAAUUUCAGUAGAUGCGAAUGAAACAAAUACUUUUGGUAUAAUGUACAAAAGCGUUGGAUAUGCAGAUUCAUAGAAAAUUAACACAGUCCUAACGGGAUGUAAACAAGCAGGUUAUUUUAUAUACGUAUAUAUAUAUUUAAAAAAAAAAAAAAAAAAAGCCUGAUUUUUGCAUAUAAUGCAACAGCCAUAACUACGAGAGUCACGGGCUGCGUUGAUGCCAAGAAGAUCAGUCCUGACUGCCCAUCAGGAAACCUUCAGGAAAAUAUGCAUAGCUUAAGAAAAGUUUACUUCUGUGCGGAGAAACUCGCGUUUUCUGUACACCGAAACCUAUCAUGGUGCAGGUAUCUGUGGGAGGACGUCCAUGGUGUGAGAGGCAGACGUGUGUCGUUGCGCCCGGUGCUCCGGUUCCGUUCUAUUCGUGCCCUACGGGCUCUAAGCGCUCUCUCCCCGGUGCCAUGUUGGCUCUGCACAGCGGAGCGGCCGCCGCCGUCUGCACCUCCGCACGUCCCAACCCCAAACCGCGCCGCACCGCCGCCUCUCGCCGACUGCUUCGCCCUUUUCCUCAGGAGCAGGAGAGCUCCGCUGCCGGCUUCGUGGUCUCAGAGGUGUACGUCCGCCCUUGUCUUUGUACGGCUGCAUCCCUUCCUAUCGAGUGACUAGCGUGCCAUAAAUCUGCCAUAGGUCUCGUGAAUUUCUCCUCGUUGCCAUGGUUAGCUGUAUUUUAAACCAUUUAGAAGCUGUAGUAGCCUUUUCUACCUGCACCUUAACGAUUUUCUGUAUCUUGAAAUUGAAAUAUUUACCGAGCCACUCUAAAAUUCGAUUUGUACUGAAAGUGGCCCAUAUUAUUUGUGUACCGGUGGCGAGAAAAAUCAUCUGGGAAGAUACAAAACCUAAUAUAUUUUUGUAUUUAGUUAUAGUUUCCGAUACGUGUAAUCGGUAUAUUCGCUGAUCUGAGAAAAGAAGGGAAGGGCUACUGCAGCUUUAAAAGCAAUUUAUUAAUGACUGUAAAAUAGCUUGUAUAGUGUAUAAUAAGGAUGAUUUUUAGAUGACAGAUUGCUUUAUCAUGAUACAUGUAAUUAUAUUUUUUGUAGGGGUCACGGAUGUGCUGAAUGGUAACCCGUGCCAGCCGUGCUUUGUCUGGAGGUAGUGCUGAAGGCGCUGGCAUUCAGCAUCCAAAGAAGUACUCUGUCAGAAAGGAAAACAAACAAACAAACAAAAUCACCUGUGUUCAGUGGCUGUUUUUAAGGUUGAAUUUGCAUUUCUCCUAUCACUGUGUCAAAGUGCAAGUCGGACCUUGGACGGGACGCUCCCCUCCAUGCCUCUGCGUGAGCGGAUGGGUUCCCUUCGUAGACAGCCGCGCGUGCCGCAGCAAAAGCAACUGGAAACAUUGGGCAAUAAUAUGAUACAGGUACCAGCAAUAUGUAAAUACAGAGUGUAGGUUGUUCACAACACACCAGUAUCUUGCUGCCAUUCAGCAGGAGUUUGUUUCCGAGUGAGAUAGGAAACUAAAUUUUCAUCCUUUCUUAAAUCUUUUUGAAUGUUAUACCUAUUAAAGGAAAAGAUGCUAUAUUCAGUACUUUGGAGUAAAAUAUCAUCUUUAAUAAAAAAAAAUAAAUAAUAAUCGUUCUCUUCUCUUUGAAUGAUCUGUACAAAGCACGUAUGUUUUAUGGCAGUUCAGGUGCCCUUCAGUGCUUGGGGACAGCUCUGGGCCCCACUCAGCCCACGGGCUGCACACUGUGGUGCUGCACUCCAUUGCUGGAGAUCCACCAUUGCAGGCAGUGUGUGCAGCCCUGCUGCAGAGCUGGUGUGCACAGACACUUCUGCUCUCUUUCGGUCUCUUUUUUUGCCUUGGCUGUACUUUUUCCUUCUUUUCCUGUUCUCCCCACCCCGCCCCCCAGCACAGAAUUAACUACAGUGAAUGUGAACAAAUUGUCGUUGUCGCGAUAGAGGCGGUGACAGGAGAGGAGAGGGAAGGAGAGGCUGCUGCCCCUCUGCUCUGUGUGCCUGUAGGUUCCUUUUGGUUCACGAGUGUAAGGAAGGAAGGCAGCUGUGGUGUUUGGAGAUGGCGUUUGUGCUGUACGCGCUGAGUUUGAAGAGUCACGGUUACAAACAUGUGCUUUAGUGAGCAGUGAGGAGUACGUGUCGUGUGUGUCGUUAGUCCUUGUAGCACUGGGCAGUGUCUGCGCUCCGGGUAAAGCAGGGAGAACGGCGACUUGUGUCCCUUCAGUGCCUUAUCACAGUGCGUGCGUCCGCGCGGGGCAUCGCGCUUGGGGCUGCACGGGGCGAUAGGAGCGGCCUUACGGAGGGCAGCGGGGAUGCGCCAGGGGCUGGUGCCGCUCUGGGCUUCAAAAUGACCUCGCCCUUUUUUUGCUAUGACAGGUCAGGAAUAGGAGGAAGUGCCUGGGUGAGGGUCAGCCCGGUCCUGUUCCGCAGCUGUGGCCGUGGCUUUGGGGUGAGCGCUGUCGGUCGGAGAGCCACAGCCCGGCACCGCGCAGACCCCGCGGCCACCGUCGGUGUCACAUAGGAACCAAACGUUGGGGGAAGGAGUGGAGCCGCUCCCGAUGGUGGGAGAAGUGGGUGCUGGGGAAGGCUGAGUGUGAAACACACCCCACCUCCACUAACCGCGUAACAGCGUGCGUCGGCCGUGUGUCAGUACUCUAUUUUGUAUAUUAAAUGAAAGAUAUAUAACGGGGACAAAUCCUAUAUCGUACCGGUGUAUGGCAUUAUUAAAAAAAUAAAAAUUAAAAAAAAAAUCAUUAUUUUUAUCACAGUAAUUUUAAACAGCAUAAAAAAGAAAAAGAAUUAAACCAGUGACUCCUGUUUAAAACUGAAAGUUGUAGUUUUUUAUUCAUGCUGAAUAAUUCUGUAGUAACAAGUCUGUAGUUUUCACCGACUCAGUGAAAUGUUGGACUGUAAAAGCUUGUGUGGAAUUGUUGAGCAUUUAUUUUUUCAUUUAAAUUUGCUGUUCUGGUAAUACGAAGCCACACAUCUGUACAGAAGUUGCAGUAAAUGUGAGAGCCAUUUACAGCAAUGCCGAGUAAUGGACAGAAACCAUACAAUAAAAUUCUGCUUUUUUCAUUAAAA